AUGGGUCCUAUCGUCGAUAUUGUUGAAAGUGGUAGUCAAAGCCAGUGGGAAUGGGGUCACACUUUCCGCAGAGUCCAACAAAACACGUCAUUCUUGAAACUGGGCGCGCGGACCCUGGUUGCCCCAGCGUUAACUAACCAAGGGUUUGGCCGCACUUGGCUCGAAAUAGUAGACGACGUGCAACGGGGUUUGUCCUCACUUGCACUUCCAACUCUACUGGCCAAUUGCGAGGUCGGCCAGCAGAUGCUUCGAGAUGUGAGAAAUCAGUCAAUUGCUGUUCACACACAGAUCCAAUCGUUCACUGUGACUCCCCUUUCAAAACCACUACACCCCAACAACGAAUGGCCUUCCCGGUAG